GACACCCACCACCAUAUAUCCAAUCCCAAUCCUUCUUACAACUGGCCGCGAAAACAUCGUUCGAUAUACAAGCUUCAACAGUGACGCCGCAACCAUGGCCGACAAACAACCCAUAGUCUCACACCUCUACACCGCGGAUCCCUCAGCCCACGUCUUCAACAACCGCCUCUACAUCUACCCUUCCCACGACCGCGAAACCGACAUCAAAGACAAUGACAAAGGUGACCAAUACGACAUGGCCGACUACCACGUCUUCAGCAUGUCUGAAGUCGGCGGGCCCGUAACCGACCACGGCGUCGUCCUAAAAGCAGAAGACAUCCCCUGGGUCUCCAAACAACUUUGGGCCCCAGACGCCGCGCACAAGAACGGGAAAUACUACCUCUUCUUCCCAGCCCGCGACACAGACGACAUCUUCCGCAUCGGCGUCGCCGUAGGCGACUCCCCAGAAGGCCCCUUCAAACCCGAACCUAAACCCAUCGCCGGCAGCUUCAGCAUCGACCCAGCGAGUUUCGUCGACGACGAUGGCGAAGCGUACCUGUAUUUCGGCGGGCUGUGGGGAGGCCAGCUGCAGUGCUACGCAGGCUCAUCCUUCGACGCGUCGCAGCUCGGCGCAAACGAGCCGUCAUCCGGCCCUGCUCUCUCCGCAAAAGUCGCCAGGCUCUCCGACGACAUGCUCUCGUUCGCCACCGAUGUCACAGAUGUGCAGAUCCUGGACCCGGAGACUAAGAAACCCAUUGACGCCUCCGACCACGCGAGACGCUUCUUCGAAGCGGCCUGGUGCCACAAGUAUAAUGACAAGUACUACUUUUCGUACUCGACGGGCGACACGCAUUACCUUGCCUACGGCAUCGGAGAUAGUCCGCUCGGACCGUUCACGUAUGCCGGACGCAUCUUGGAGCCUGUGAUUGGAUGGACGACGCAUCAUUCCAUUGCAGAGUUUAAUGGGAAGUGGUGGUUGUUUUAUCACGAUGCGACGUUGAGUGGGGGGAAGAACCAUUUGAGGUGUGUUAAGAUUAGGGAGAUUGUUUAUGAUGCCGAGGGCAAGAUUGGGUUGAAGGAUCCGCAGCCCGAGGUCGAGGCGCCGCCGGCCAAGUUGGAGGAUUGA